UCAUCCGCCGUGGACAACGCAACUCAGUCGCACUUACUAGCGUUAGUAAAAGUUCCGCGCGCGACUUUAGAGUUAAGUGUUGACGUCUGGUUUUUCUCCAAAAGCACAUGCAAUUAUCUAUUUGAAAUCGAGUGAAUAAUAGAUAUAGCACGUGCAAACAGGUACUUGAUAAUUAGCGACAACUUCGAGUCGAGAAAACGUCGUCGCGUGUGCAAAAAGAGUGUGCCGGUGUCCGGGUCGUGGGCGAAGAGAGUGCCAAAGAGAAGAGAAAAGCCGAAAAGCCGCUUUGUUAAUAAUUAAGUGCAAUAAGUUAUAGCCGGUGCUAUAUACAUAAUUCGAGUGAUAAUCGUUGUGUGGUUGUUGUUUUGUGCGUUCUGAAUAUGUUCAGUGUUUAAAAUAAAAGUGAAACAAGACCGGGAAGAGUCGCUGCCCUUUCGUUUGCCCACAGCCCAAACCGUGUUUUUGUGAUUCACUAAACUCCCCCUUCUCCCCAACAAACCUAUUGCUGUGUCAAGCUGUCCAUCCACCCACCACCACCCCCUCAGAGUGCGCUUGUUUUUGUAGUGUAGUGUAGUGUAAUCGGACGGAAGGAAGCAUGUCCAGAAACGGCGCUGCCGUGGUGAGUGCCUUCCGCCUCCUCCUGCGUCCCUCGGGUGUCAGUCGGCAUCGAGGCCUGCGUUUGGCCCCUGUGACGGCCUUUGCUCUGCACUUGCGGCCUUGCGGCGGCCAUGAGCUGCAGCAACACAGAACUUUCGCUGCCACAACGUCGGAUGAUGAUGGGAAGCAUCCUCUCGACAAACAUAAAACGCAACUGGAAACAGGAGAUAUCACGCGACUCACUUUGCCAGAGCUAAGGACACGCCUGCGAGCCCUCGGACUGAGUGCAACGGGCAAGAAACAGACACUAGUCGAGCGACUAACAGCGACACAGACAACCAGAACAACAGCACCGGAACACACACCAUCCACCAGGCGUACAAGUGAAAUAAUGGCAGCAUCUUCUGCAGAAACAACGGCGAAAACAGACUCCAAUUUGUCGAUGAUGGAGGCGAAAGGUGGAGGUGCAGGUGGUGGGACCUCUGGGGAAGGAGCAACAGCAACGGCAAUCGUGGCCGUGCAGCAGCUCGUAAAUAAUUCGAACACGAGCAGGAGUCCUGCUUUCGACAACCAAAAUGCAGCACAAAAUGACGACAUCUUUGUGGAGUACGUGAAUGGUAUGCCGCACAUGACCGUUCGACUGCCAAGUCGCAACGAAUUAUGUCAGUUUGCACUGAAACCGAUCUCGCACAAUGUUGGGGAUCUUCUCUCGAUGCUGAGGGAGGAGGAUCGUGGCAUUGAUCGGGCGGCGGUGAUCAAUAAGAAUGGAGUGCGCAUUGCCUCGUCCUGCACCAUCGAUAGCCUGCUGGAUGAUACAUUUAGCAUACAAAUCAACAAUCGCACUAUGGAAGUGAAUCCACCGAAGCGUGACAAGAUCACACUGGAGUCCAUGGACAAGGUGGGCGAUGUGCGUAAGGUUAUUGCUCAGCUCUAUGAGGCAUUCAAUGUGGGCGAAUAUCAGCUGGAGAAGAGCAAUCAACUGGCCAAGGAACUGGAGAGCAUACGCUACGAGCUGGAGCCACUCGAAGAGAAGAAACUUGAACUAAGCAAAAAGGCCACUCGUCGCACCAACUUUAUGACUUGGAUGGGUCUCGGCCUGAUGUCCGUGCAGUUUGGCAUUUUGGCCCGAUUGACCUGGUGGGAGUACUCUUGGGAUAUCAUGGAGCCGGUUACAUAUUUUGUAACCUACGGCACGACAAUGGCCAUGUACGCCUACUACUGUGUGACCAAGAGGGAGUACAUGAUGGAGGCUGUGAAAAACCGCGAAUACUCGCUGACCAUCUACAAGAAUGCCAAGAAGAUGCAAUUCGAUGUGGAGCACUACAAUCAGCUGAAGCGCAAGACGGCGGAACUGGAGUACAAUCUGAGAAGGAUCAAUGAUCCGCUGAACAUGCAACUGCCAUCGCAUCUGGUGCGCACCCAGGAGAACACGCCCCCGACCGACCAGCAGCAGGACGAGCCCAGGGUGGGUAAAAGUAACUAAGGACAUGGCUGGACUUUGUCGCAAUCAGCGGCAAGAGACGACCAAAA